CGUGUAAAUUUAGCCAUUAAGAAUUAUUAGUGUUGUACAUAUAUAAUUACACUGUAUAUAUAUAAUACAAUUAUCGUGGCUGCCAAUCGAUUGAUUUUCCUGAUAACCUAUCAUAUUUAAUCUUAUUUUAAAAAUCAACUUUGUGUUAAAUCCACCGUAAAUAAAUUAAGACUGAAUAGCUGUUAUUUAUGUCGCGGGAAGUAGGAAUUGAUAACCAUACAAGACACUCAAACAUGCCGUCAAUUUGGCGGUAUUUUUGCUGCAUUUGUGAAGCAGCAGACGACAAACGCUCUCACAGCGCGCGCUAUGAAUUCACAAACAGAGUAAGAAAUAAUCGACGAAAUAAAUCUGGUAAAAAUACGUGGGCCAGACGAAGCCUUCUUGACCAUGAACAUAUAGAAUUAAAUGAUAUCUCUUCUGAACAAUACCAAAUGAAAGCCAAUGAAGACAGUUUUCAAGGAAGAUUACAGAAUCACUAUACUCCAAGACAACGACCACCUGUCCAGGGCGUGUUUGAAAACUCACUUGACGAUAGCUCUGCCUCUAAAACAACGUUUCCGUGGAUGGAUGAAUGCUUCGUUCCAUCCAGUCGAAACGGGACUAGACUUGGCAUAAGUUCUGUUCAAUUGAACGCCAAACGUAACGAAGGAACUGAAGGGAAAAACGUGGCCACAGACAUGAAUAAACGUAUGGUAAAACCGAACAUUUUUACACCUUACGCCAAAAGCCAAAGUUUUACAGACGGUCAGGAAAGGCAGCUUAAUCGAAACCUUAAUGUGACAAAAUCAUCUAAUGUCAACAAAAAUUACCCAAAUGUGCAGAAUGGGAAAGGUUUUUUAGGAAAAAUUUUAAAACUGCCCCCUGCAGAAGCUUAA